AUGUCCAUGGCCCUCAGGCGGCUCCGACCUUGGGCCUUCCUUCUCUUCUUCCUUGUCCUUUUCUCCUACGAUGAAUCUGGUCUUUGGAGCAGAAGCAGGACUAGGAGUGGAGUCGCGCAGGCCACGCAGAGAGUCUUCCUGUAUCCACAGGCUCCCAAGGUCCCCUCCAUCGUGAGCAGCAAGUACAGGACUGCCUACCACUUCCAGCCUCCCAAGAACUGGAUCAACGGACCAAUGUACUACAAUGGUAUCUAUCACCAAUUCUACCAGUACAACCCAAAUGGUUCUCUCUGGGGUAACAUAGUCUGGGGCCACUCGGUCUCAACAGAUCUCAUCAACUGGAUUCGGCUUGAACCGGCGAUAGAACGGACGACUCCGAGCGAUAUCAAUGGCUGCUUGACAGGUUCAGCCACAAUCCUCAAGAGUGACCAGCCUGCCAUUAUAUACACUGGUGCUGACACGGAGAAGCGUCAGGUCCAAAACAUUGCGUUUCCCAAGAACUUGUCUGAUCCAUACCUGAGGGAGUGGAUCAAGCCAGACAACAACCCACUGAUCCAACCAGUUGGACAAGGAUUGAACCCAAACCAGUUCAGAGAUCCGACGACCGGUUGGAUCGGACCAGAUGGGCUGUGGAGGAUAGCAGUUGGGGCUGAACUGGACGGCUACAGUGCUGCACUUCUGUACAAGAGUGAGGAUUUUGUGCACUGGACUAGAGUGGAUCACCCACUAUACUCUUCCAAUGACUCCACCAUGUGGGAGUGCCCGGAUUUCUUCGCAGUGUUACCGGGCAAGAACAUUGGGCUGGACCUGUCGGCGGCGAUCCCGAAUGGCACCAAGCAUGUCCUCAAGAUGAGCCUUGACAAUUGUGACAAGUACAUGAUUGGUGUUUAUGAUCUGAAAAGUGAUGCCUUUGUGCCAGAUUCCGUUCUUGAGGACCGAAGACUGUGGUCAAGGAUUGAUUAUGGCAAUUACUAUGCUUCAAAGUCGUUCUUUGAUUCGAAGAAAGGCAGGAGGAUCAUAUGGGGUUGGACAAAUGAGACAGACAGUUCGUCGGAUGACGUUGCCAAAGGUUGGGCUGGAAUCCAUGCAAUCCCCAGGACUAUAUGGUUAGAUAAAGACAGUAAGCAACUGCUGCAAUGGCCAGUUGAAGAGUUUGAGUCACUUCGAGGAAAAGAAGUCAGCCAGCAAGGCCUGGAGCUCAAGAAGGGGGAUCUGUUUGAGAUUAAGGAAAUUGAUACUCUGCAGGCAGAUGUGGAGAUAGAUUUCGAGCUUACAUCCAUAGGAAGUGCCGAUCCUUUUGACCCUUCCUGGCUCUUGGACAUCGAGAAGCACUGUCGAGAAGCAGAUGCGUCGGUUCAUGGCGGCAUAGGCCCAUUUGGGCUUGUGCUUCUUGCAUCUGACAACAUGGAAGAGCACACCUCUGUGCACUUCAGAGUUUACAAAUCACAGGAGAAGUACAUGGUUCUUAUGUGCUCUGAUCUGAGAAAGUCGUCCUUGAGACCAGAACUGUACACACCAGCCUAUGGAGGCUUCUUUGAGAUCGACCUCGAGAAGGAAAAGACGAUAUCUUUGAGAACUUUGAUCGAUCGCUCUGCGGUGGAGAGCUUCGGUGGAGGUGGCAGGGUCUGCAUCAUGGCUAGGGUCUAUCCUGUGGCGCUCAUCGACGAUGGCGGCACUCGCAUGUAUGCCUUCAACAAUGGCACUACAGCCGUCAGAGUGCCUCGGCUAAAGGCAUGGAGCAUGAGGAGAGCACAAGUUAAUGUUAAGAAGGGAUAA